UUCGAUAGUCCGUUUUGAAGAAAUUCAAGUUGCCAAAAAUUUAAGCACACGAAAAAUAUAUUUUUUAACAAGUAAAAUGCUGACAGACACCGACGAUGACUUCUUCUUCGAGGAGGAUAAAAUACCCGAGCCAGUACCGUUGCUCAUCCAGUUAGAUGGGGACACGCGGCAAACGGAUAUACUCGAGGAGGAGCUAAGGAACUCUGAGCGUUCCUCCUCGAUCAACGAGGCGACUGUUGUCCUGUGCUCCUCGGGCUUUGGCUCCGACAGGUUUGGCAGCGACUCGUCCACUAGGCAGAAAAAUGAGUUAGAUCGUUUGGGCAUGACUGUCACCACAAAUGCCGUCGUCAUCACCAAGGAUCAGAGCAACUUAAUUGGCAUCAGCAUUGGCGGUGGAGCACCCAUGUGUCCCUGUCUCUAUAUUGUGCAGAUUUUCGAUGGCACGCCUGCUGCCCGCGAGGGUUCGCUUCAGUCUGGCGACGAGCUGCUGGCCGUCAACUCCGUCAGUGUGAAGGGCAAGACGAAAGUGGAGGUGGCCAAGAUGAUACAAACGGCCACCGAUGAGGUCAUCGUGCACUACAACAAACUCCACGCAGAUCCGGAACAGGGCAAAACCCUGGACAUCAUUCUGAAGAAAUUGAAGCAUCGAAUUGUGGACAACAUGUCCAGCAAUACGGCGGACACAUUGGGCCUGUCCCGCGCUAUACUGUGCAACGAUUCGCUGGUGAAGCGGCUGGAGGAGCUGGAGGGCACCGAGUUGAUGUACAAGGGUCUGGUGGAGCACGCGCGCCGCAUGCUGAAGGCCUACUACGACCUGCUGCAGACGUACAAGUCCUUUGGCGAUUGCUUCACACAAAUCUCGGCGCACGAGCCGCAGCAGCGUGCCUCGGAGGCGUUCCGCACCUUUGGCGAGUUCCAUCGAACGCUGGAGAAGGACGGGCUGGGCAUCAUCAAGCAGAUCAAGCCAGUCCUGGCCGAUCUGGGGACGUAUCUGAACAAGGCGAUUCCGGACACAAAGCUCACCGUUCGUCGCUAUGCGGAUGCCAAAUUCACGUACCUCUCUUACUGCCUGAAGGUCAAGGAAAUGGAUGACGAGGAGCAUGGCUUUGCGUCGCUCCAGGAGCCGCUGUACCGCGUAGAAACGGGCAAUUACGAGUACCGUCUGAUCCUGCGUUGCCGCAUGGAUGCGCGCAGCAAGUUUGCCAAACUGCGUACGGAUGUGCUCGAGAAAAUGGAGCUGCUGGAGUGCAAGCAUGCCAUGGACCUGAACAAGCAGCUGCGCAGCCUGCUCGAGAGUCUGGCCGAGCUGCAUCGGAGUCUGGUGGAGCGGCUGGACUCCCUGCCGCCGCUCUUCCCCAUCGAGGUGGACUUCAAGGAGACCGACUUUCAGUACAAGUCCAGCACGCUGAAGCCGCAAGAGCUGGACGACGACGAAAUCGAAGCCAAUGCCAAUCCAAACUCACGUCCCGCCAAUAUUGUCUGUGGCCUCGAGGCCGUCGAGCUGCCGGCGCCCAUUGUCAAUGUGGAAAUCAAGGAGCCCUUGGAGUCCAACGCGGCCACAGAUUCCACUAACACGGAGAAUGAGACGCUGCUCAAGGAACUGGGUCUGUACGAUGUGGAUCUGCUGUCCAAUCCGCAAACAAUUAGCAACCAAAAGGAUUCCAUUUCGGCCCAAAACGAUGGAUACGACUUUGAUUUGUUUCUGAAUCAGGCCACAGCGGCAUCCAGCAGCCUGGAGCGCGAUCUAAUGUCGUCGAAUGCCGAAGAGAUGGAUCUUCUGCUGCAAUAAUCUUUGUAUAGUACA